GCCACCGCUACGCUACAGGUACCUGCCUCGCAUCGCUCAAGCCGGAUCCCUGCUCCCUUCUCCGCUGCCGAGGACGCGACGCGACACGAGGGAUGGCGAGCGCUUUGGACGCCUUAGUAGCAGCCUGUGGCCGGGCGCUGCUCCUGGCCGCGCUGCUCUCCCAGCUGGACCCCUGCUCAGGUAAUUCAGAACUGUCCACAGCAGUUAAUAUAACUUGGUCAUCAAUCAAUUUCAAAACAAUACUACAGUGGCAACCAGUGCCAACCAACUAUGUCUAUACAGUAAAAAUAUCUGGAAUCAACUCAAACUGGGAAAAAGUGUGUGUCCACACAAAAGAAACAGAGUGUGAUGUUACUGAUAAACUGGAGAAGGUAAAAGACACCUAUACGGCACACAUAGUGUCUGAAAUGCUUUCUGGGACAGAAAAGUUUGAGGAGCCGCCUUAUGCAAUCUCCCCAAAAUUCACACCUUACAAUCAGACUAAAAUUGGAACACCAGGGAUUCAAACUUAUGAACUAACUGACUCCAAGCUGAAAGUGUUGGUUGAAGAUCCACUUACACCAUACAGAUUUCCCAAUAAAAGCUUUAAAAGUAUCAGAGAGAUUUUUAAAAAUGACCUGGAAUAUACACUCUAUUAUUGGAAAGAUCAAAGUACAGGAAAGAAAGAGGCAACGACAAAAAGUAAUCAGUUUGAAAUAAGCAUUGACAAAGGGGAGAACUACUGCUUCUUUGUACAGGCAACUAUUCUCUCUCGCAGAGAGAACCGCAAAAGUCAAGAAAGCAAGGUGAAGUGUACCAGUGAUCAGAUAAACGGUGUGGCUGCGUAUGGAACCGAAGUGAUUAUUAUCAUAGCAGCUGUAGCCAUUGUAAUCCUCAUUGCAAUCAUUGGCUUGUCUGUGACCCUGUAUAAAUGCAAGAAAACAAGAGCUGCAAAGGAAAAAGAAACCAUGCCACUUACUGAUGUUUAGGAAAAACAUAAGAAGUGCCUUUUCUUACUACUUCAAAUGCUGCUGCAUUCCCAGACAAACACUUAUGGUACUUGUGGG